AUGAUCCCGGCGGCGGCUCCGGCGGGAGCGGGAGACGGCGGAGCGGGGCCGGCGGCCGCCGGCGUCCCGGCACUCAGGGCCCGGCGGGCGGCGGCAUCCCCGGCGGGGCUGCGGGAUGCGCAGGGAUGUCGGGACCGCGCCGGUGCUCCCGCCUCCCUCCCGCACAGCUCCGUCUGCCGGGCGCGCCCCGCCACUGCCGCCGCCCAUCAUCCGGCCUCGGGGAGCGCCGGGGUUUCAUCCGCUCCUGGGGAUCUCAGCAGCAACACCCGGGGAGGAGGAAGCAGGAGGGAAAUACCUGCCCCCAUCCCAAGGCUCAACCCCUAGAGGGAUUUAAGAACCCCCACUCUGAGCAACCCCAGCGGUGGUGGCAGUGGCCCACUCUGUGCCACCAUGGUCACAGCUGGGCUCUUCAUUCUCAGCCUGGGAGUCUCCAUCCUGCUCCCAGCUCUGGCCCCGGCAGGCACCCAGGGGAGCCAGAUCAUCGGGGGAAAGGCAGCAGCACCCCAUUCCUGGCCCUUCAUCGCCUCCAUCCAGAUGGAUGGGCAGCAUGUCUGCGGGGGCUUCCUGGUGUGGCCCAAGUGGGUGAUGACAGCUGCCCACUGCCUCAUUCCCAGGCGCAGCCCCUCAGUGCGUGUGGUGCUGGGAGCCCACCGGCUACAGGAGCCCGAGGAAUCCCAGCAGAUCUUCAGUGUGGCCGAGUCCAUCGCCCACCCACUCUACAACCCCCUCGCCGUGGACAAUGACAUCCGCCUGCUCCGGCUGAACAGGUCAGCCACGCUGAACAAGUACGUGAAGCGGAUCUUCCUGCCCUCGCCUCACAUCGACCUGAAGCCCGGCACUGUCUGCUACGUGAUUGGCUGGGGCGACAUCUCCAACUUUGGAGACCAGCCCACCGAGCUGAUGGAGACCAACACCACCAUCGUCAAGCGGAGCCUCUGCCGGACGCUGUGGAGGGGCAAGGUCUCGGCCAAUAUGCUGUGUGGGGCCAGCCGCAAUGCCACGCUGCAGGGUGUCUGUGCUGGUGACUCCGGGGGACCCCUGGUCUUCAAGAACAAGGUUUAUGGCAUUGUCUCAUUUUCUGGGGAGAGAUGUGGGGACCGCCGGUUCCCUGAUAUCUACACCAAGAUCUCCAGCUACAUUGACUGGGUGCAUCACAUUGUGCAAGGGUUCCGCCAUCGGAAGGGGUGGCUGAAGCCCUAG